AUGUACGGAGAUCAGGCCAAUAAGUUAGUAGCUGACGCAAAGAGGUUUUCCAACUUACCUAGCGUUCCCAUCUACCAAGCUGACUUGGUCAAGGACAUUGUUAAGGAGAUCAACGAUUUGAACCGAGAUGCCGAAUAUUUGUCAACAAUCAGUGAUAACCUCAGGGAUGAUGAAGAAGAAGGCAGUUCCACGCAACAGGAAGAGGACUACAAAAUAAACCAGUGCCAAACGUUUGUGACACAUCUAUCUAUGCGGAGGAAUAAGCGAUGCUUAUUAGCAUAUGAAAAGUUGCGAAGUGACAAGCUCAUUGAGUUUGCGUGGUUAAACAUCGAUCCAGCAGAGUCGGUGACUCAAACAGCCGCAUCAUCAACUGACGCAACAACAAAUGCAGGGACCGCAUCCCUUCCAAAUAGCAAGGCACUUCUUCCACAGUCGAAAACAAUUCCCAAUUACACUACACAAUUAGACUUGAACAAUUUGAACCACUUUGAGCAAGAUUUCUACAAGAAUUAUCAAAAUCUAAUAACAAAUUAUAAACUGAAAUUUGGUGAAUACUUGGACUUGACAAGUGAUUUGGAACCGCCAACGGAUAUUUUUAUCGACGUGAGAUGCUUGAAAGACGGUGGUGACGUCACAACUGAAUAUGGCUCUUUCAAUUUGAUAAAAGAUUCUCAAUUUUAUGUAAGGAAAAGUGACGUUGAACGAUUGAUCCAACAAGGUUAUUUAGAAGAAAUAUAG